UAUUCGUUAGACUUUUUUUUUACUAAAAUGGACUCUGAGAUGUUUAAAUCAAUUACUUAAAAAUAAUAUCUUCCAAACACUUAAAUUUAUAUUGCUAAUACUUGAAAGAUAUUUAAUACACACUUUAAUUGUAGGAAAUAUAAUAAGCAUGGCUCAUGAUGACAUUGGCAAAUUAACGAGAGAAGAUUUUGAUGCUGGUCCAUCAAGCUAUGAUGAGAUUGAACCAGGAUUGUUCCUGGGUAAUCUGACAGCUGCUACAGACUUUGAAUGGCUGAAAGAGGCUAAGAUAACUCAUAUACUAACUGUUGACUCAUGUCCUUUGCCACGAAAAGUUCAAGUUUUACCAGAUAUUGUUCUAAAAUAUAUACAAGUAACAGAUUUGCCAAGAGAGGAUCUAUUGACUUACCUGGAAGAUUCUUACCAGUUUAUACAACAUGCUCUAGAAUCUGGUGGUAAAAUUCUGGUACACUGUUACUUUGGAGUAUCCCGAUCAGCCACCUUAGUGAUUGCAUACAUUAUGAAAAAGUAUAGCAUAGGAUAUACAGAAGCUUUUGAAUUAGUCAAAAAGAAGAGACGCUUCGUCUGUCCAAAUCCUGGCUUCGUAGAACAGCUCCGACUCUAUGAAGACAUGGGACACAGUAUAGAUAAUAGAAAUGUACACUUCAAGAUGUAUCGACUACAAAUAGCAGCAGACAAAGUGCGGAAGGCGAAGAUUCUACCACAAAGUUGCAUGGACCUUGUGAAGCCAGAUCCUGCCCUGACAACAGUGCAUCCUGAGCCUACUGUAUAUAGAUGUAAGAAGUGUCGCCGUAUAGUUGCUUCAGCUAGUAAUGUCUUACCACAUAUGCCACGAGAGAAACAAGUUUGGAGGCAUAUAAGUUCCAAACGUUACAAUAAAUCUCCAAGACAAGAUAAGCAGGCAAACAAGCCUGCAGAAAACCUACAGAAGGAGGAAUUACCACCAACAGAAGUCUGCACUAAGACUUACUUCCUGGAACCUCUUUCCUGGAUGCCCAAUAUAAUGCACAAUGUCGAAGGGAAAUUGAACUGUCCAAAAUGCAGUACAAAACUUGGUUCCUUCAGCUGGGUAGCUGGUUGUCAGUGUCCCUGUGGAAGCAAAAUUGCUCCUGCAUUCUACCUGGUACCUUCGAAAGUUGAUUGGAGCAAUGCCGUGCAAAAUGUCCAGGUGACAGUUUAAAAACCAGAAAAAAACAUUCAAACGGAAAUUAUUCAGGAAGUAAUUCAUGAUGGUUGUGACUUUUAAUCUUCGUAAAAUGUAUUUACUUAAGAUGCUUAAUUUGAUAACAAAAUGGGAAUCACUUAUGACCAA